GAACAGCCAGGGAGAGGAGGGAGGUGGGGGGAGGUGGAAGAUGCACAGUGCACCAGCAGCAAAAAAUGGAUGUGAUGUAAAUGCUGAGCCUAGACCAGGGAUCCCUGCAAGGACCUGUGUGACGGACGGCACAGGAGCUGUCACAGCUUUGGGGCGUACAGGCUAGCACCUCCAGGCCCAUUUGUGGUGGUGUCUGUGGAUGAAGAACAGGGCUAGCUGGACACAUCUGCCUGCUCCUCUCUCCUUUGUGUGAUUCCCAGGGGGGGGAAUAAAUUCUAGAUAACAGCUCUCCUCCUCAGUUCUCUUCCCUACUAUGGAGAAAAACCCGUUCCUCUUGCUGUAGAUGGAAAUUCACCCAGCAUUCGGCAUCACUGGGGUGAAGACCAGGAGAUGUAGGAUUUCGGACGACCAACCUGUGCAUUGCACAUUUUAAACCAUCCCCUUAGUGCAUCACCCCAUCUUCUCAUUUUUUUUAUUUUAUCGUUAUUAUUUUUCAUACAUUGCAGAUUGCACUCCGUUCUUCCCAUAUUUUCUUACAUGUAUUUUUAUUUAUUUUUUUGUCGCCGAGGGGAUGUUUGUGUAUUCGUGGGAUUUGAACAUGCAGAUUUUUUUCUUCCCUGGGUUUCUGUCACGAGUCGUGCCUGAUUGAGGACACAAGAUCCAGGCUUUGGGAGGAAUUACAUCCUGUUCUUUGAUUAAAAACAACAGAUUGCACAAGGGGGAACGGAGCGCAGGCAAAAAGGGAAGCAUAUGUCUGCUCGAUGCUUGGGAUGAGGAGAAUUGCACCCUCAACCUGGUGAGGCCAAAGAACGCACCUGUCCACCAGGACCCGAGGCAGGUUCCAGUCGUUGGUCACGGGUCGACGCAAUUAGCCAAGGAUCACUUACUAUCCGCUUACACAAAUGUCUACGCACCGUUGCUUGGAAAGAAGGCCUUUUGGGCCAUGGACCAUUUAAGGAAACACUUUCACCUUACAUUAAAUAUAUUGCAGGAUGUUUUUGUAGAUACAUAGAUGUGGCGAGAAAUUAAAAAUAUUGGGCGACCUGGUUUUGGGAUUCGAACAUCAGGGACGGUGCAAUGAAGGAAAGCUGUGGACAGCCAAGAGAAGAUGACUGGUAGCCACGCAUGGUCUCUGAAGACAGCGGCCGUUGAUCUUGCACAAGCCAUACACCUUCAAUCCCGAAUCUGCUAGGGUCAAGACAUUUUCCAUCUUCAGAAAGCUCAGAGGGAUCUCUCCGGUCCUCGGCGAGAGAGAAGGCUUCAAUAUACUUUCCGCAAAGAUGCCUCGGAACCGGGCCUUUUCCGAGCCGGAGUACUCAGCCGAAUAUUCGGCGGACUAUUCGGUCAGCCUGCCCUCAGACCCGGAGCAUGGGGUUGGACGGACACAUGAAGUCACAGUGCGGAGCUCCGGCUGUUGUCUCUGCUUGCCACGGUUCAUGCGGCUGACUUUUGCACCGGAGUCGCUGGAAAACCUCUACCAAACAUAUUUCCGCCGGCAACGCCACGAGACCCUGCUGGUGUUGGUGGUCUUCGCCGCCCUCUUCGACUGCUACGUUAUAGUCAUGUGCGCCGUGGUGUACACCCAGGACAAGCUGGCUUCUACCUUGGUGGCCGCGGUCGGGCUCUUGGCGCACCUCCUCCUCUUCGUCCUAUGCAAGUUUGGCUUGUUACCGGACCGUAUCUCCCGCAAGUUUGUCCCGUACAUUCUGUGGAUAUUGAUCGCUGCUCAGAUCUUCUCAUACCUGGGCCUCAAUUUCGCCCACUUCCACGAGGCCAGCGACACUGUUGGCUGGCAGGCCUUUUUCGUGUUUUCUUUCUUUAUUACCUUGCCCCUACGUCUCACCCCGAUUGUCCUGAUCACCACUGUUUCCUGUGGAAUACACACUCUGGUACUCGGGGUCACCAUCGCCCAGCAACAGCAAGGAGCAAUGGACACCAAUGCUUUGUUACGCCAGGUCCUGUCUAACAUAGCCAUCUACCUGUGUACAAUCGCCGUCGGUAUCAUGUCCUACUAUAUGGCGGACCGCAAGCACCGGAAAGCCUUUCUCGAAGCACGCCAGUCACUGGAGGUCAAACUCAAUCUAGAAGAACAAAGCCAGCAACAGGAAAGACUCCUCCUCUCCAUUCUGCCCAAACAUAUUGCAGACGAGAUGCUCAACGACAUGAAAAAGGACCAGAAACAGAAGGAGCUGCAGCAGUUUAACACCAUGUACAUGUACCGGCACGAGAAUGUCAGCAUUCUCUUCGCAGACAUUGUGGGAUUCACACAACUAUCGUCCUACUGCAGCGCCCAGGAGCUGGUGAAACUGCUGAAUGAGUUGUUCGCCCGGUUUGACAAGCUCGCAGCGAAAUACCACCAGCUGAGGAUAAAGAUUCUGGGUGACUGCUAUUACUGCAUCUGCGGCCUCCCGGACUACAGGGAUGAUCACGCCUAUUGCUCCAUUAUGAUGGGUUUGGCCAUGGUUGACGCAAUAUCGUAUGUCCGGGAGAAGACAAAGACGGACGUGGACAUGCGUGUUGGGGUCCACACGGGGACUGUAAUUGGUGGGGUCCUCGGACAGAAGCGCUGGCAGUAUGAUGUGUGGUCCACGGAUGUCACUCUGGCUAACAAGAUGGAGGCUGGCGGGAUUCCUGGCCGCGUACACAUCUCGCAGAGCACGUAUGACUGUCUGAAGGGGGAGUUCGACGUGGAGCCAGGGGAAGGGGGCACGCGGUGUGACUAUCUGCGAGAGAAGGGCAUCGUCACUUACCUGGUGGUCCUACCAAAGCCACAGGUCAACAAGAAUGGAAUCAAUGGAGUGAAGCUGUCACUGACGUCAUCACACGGGAACUCCCCGCAACUGAUCAACACCAAAGAGUGCAACGGCAGCAUCCAUACCACCUGUACCACCCCUGACGAGAACGAGGAGCUGGACACCAGGGUGGUGAACCCAUCCUUCCCCAACCCCCGCAGACGCCUCCGCCUGCGAGACUUGGCUGAGAGAGUCAUUGACGCCCAGCAGAAUGAGCAGGAGCUGAACAAGCUGCUGAACGAAGCCUUGCUGGAGAGAGAGACCGUACAAGUCUUAAAAGGGAAAUACACCUACCGCUUGUCCAUGCGCUUCAUCAGCCCGGAGAUGGAAACUCGUUUCUCGGUGGAGAAGGAGAAGCAGAGCGGCGCGGCCUUCAGCUGUUCCUGCGUGGUCCUGUUCUUCACCGCAGUGGUUCAGAUGCUCAUUGAUCCUAUGCUGGUCGCCAACUAUGUGACUUUCGUAAUCGGUGAAAUCCUUCUCCUAGUUCUGACCAUCUGUUCGCUCGCAGCCAUUUUUCCCAGGGUUUUCCCCAAAAAGUUAGUAGCCUUUUCCACUUGGAUUGAUCGGACCAGGUGGGCACGAAACACUUGGGCGAUGUCGGCCAUUUUUAUUCUGACAAUGGCGGAUAUAGUGGAUAUGCUCAGCUGCUUGCAGUACUACUCCACCUCUUACAACAGCACCUCGCCCUCCGCUAACACCUGGGGCUGUGUGGAGAACCCCAAAUACUACAGCUACAUCGCCGUGCUCGCCCUCAUCGCCACCAUCAUGCUGGUCCAGGUCAGCCACAUGGUGAAGCUGACUCUGAUGCUGAUGAUCACCGCCGCCGUGGGAGUCGUCAACAUUUACGCCUGGAAGCCAAUUUUCGAUGAUUACGACAGAAAACGCUUCAGUUCCUACGCGGCCUUCCUGGUACCUUCCAAGUAUUCCAUGACUGUGAUGAUAUUUAUCAUGAUGCUGAGCUUCUACUAUUUUGCCCGACACGUGGAGAAGUUGGCCAGGACCUUGUUCCUGUGGAAGAUUGACGUCCAUGAUCAGAAGGAGAAGGUGUAUGACAUGAGGCGAUGGAACGAGGCUUUGGUCACCAACAUGCUGCCGGAACACGUGGCCCGACACUUCCUGGGCUCCAAGAAGAGAGAUGAGGAGCUAUACAGUCAGUCGUAUGAUGAGAUCGGGGUGAUGUUUGCUUCCAUCCCAAACUUCUCUGACUUCUACACAGAAGAAAGCAUCAACAAUGGCGGCAUCGAGUGUCUGAGGUUCCUCAACGAGAUCAUCUCGGAUUUUGAUGCGCUGCUAGAUGAGCCGCAGUUCCGGUGCAUCACAAAGAUUAAAACCAUCGGCAGCACUUACAUGGCGGCAUCCGGGGUGACGCCAGACCCCAACACCAACGGCUACAACAACAUCAUCAAGAAGGAAGAGAUCUCGGAUAAAGAGCGCUGGCAGCACCUGGCCGACCUGGCGGACUUUGCUCUGGCAAUGAAAGUGACGUUGAUGAAUAUUAACUACCAGUCGUUUAACAACUUUAUGCUGCGGAUUGGACUGAAUAAAGGAGGCGUUCUGGCAGGCGUGAUCGGAGCCCGGAAACCGCACUACGACAUCUGGGGGAAUACGGUGAACGUGGCAAGCAGAAUGGAAUCCACUGGUGUCAUGGGAAACAUUCAGGUUGUGGAGGACACACACGACAUCCUCAAGGAAUACGGCUUCCGCUUUGUCAGGAGAGGUCCUAUCUUCGUUAAGGGAAAAGGCGAAUUGCUCACUUUUUUCAUGAAGGGUCGGGACAAACAAGGCUCCUUUAUCAACGGCUCCUCGGUCACCCUGCCCCACCAGGUGGUAGAAAACUCCUGAUAAGCGGCCGAGCCACCACGCAGAGAUCUCAGCGGGAGUCGCCACAGGAGGUCAGAGUAGGCCGAUGCCUCAGACAAGGAAGUCAUACAGAAAUAACAAGGAAAACAAAAAGACCUUAUGGACCACUUAUACAUAGUUAAAUCAUUUUUCUUCAUUUCUGGAGUUGCCUUUUUAAAAAAAAUUCUGCCUGACAUCCUCGAGUCCUGCAGGCUCUUGGGAGACAAGAUAGGAGGCUGACUUGGUUAAAUGCGUCCUGGGGGGUUCACAAGACCCAUCGAUGAAGACCACAGGUGAUUGUGCCUCACCAGUAGAUAUUGUAGAGGAUACAAAGAAGAUGCUUUGUGACACAACAGACUGGAAAGGAGCCUUAUACCCGAACAUACAAGAUGAGCACAGACAUAUACAGUGAAUGGUGCGAAACGCGUCGUCGGAGAAGCAGCACACAUCUUUGGUGCAAUGGGACAGUUUGAAUCAUAAACAGGACAGCUGAUUUACUGUGAUAAUAAUCUGCCCAUGUAGUUAGUGGGAAUGCAAUGAGUGUGAGUGCAAUAUAUUUCAUUAUAUUUGGAGUAAAAGAAAAAAAAGUAAAAAAAAAAAAAAAUGAUUAAAAAAA